GACAGAGACGAUAGUGCAUAUUGAGCCCCCAUACUUAGCAGACGAUCUUUUGCAGAAAUUUGAUAGAGUGCUGAAAUAGUCUACGCUAAAUCGCGGAUCCCAGAAACUUACUUAUUUAACUUUCGCUCCUCUCCACGCUUCGAACGCCGACCAGACGCCGGAAAGACGGGCAGGUGGCGCCAUCUGGCGGACGUCCGCGGCAGCUCUCGACAUUGCAGACGGACGACAUAGUCCGUAAGAGGGACACGCUCGACGCGACAAAUGGCGACCUGAGAGGGACUCUGGCGUGCGCUAUCUCGUUCCCGUUUGCUUCAGCAGUACGACGCAGUGCGUGAGAGUGCUUGAGUGCGUACAACGUGAUCGUGUACCCGCUUCUGUGAAUGCGUGGCCCGUCAACGUCGGCGAGAGGCGCGCUUAUCGCGAGACGCGAUUCGGAAUCGCGAAUCUCCGCAUACCGCUCGUCCCACCGUCGAGGUCAGCAGGACGGGGCUCGCCACAGCCGCAAUUCAUGGUGCUGGUGCAUCCGGAAAAAACGACCGUGCCAUGCGCACGUUCGCGUCGUUGCCUAACCUAUAGUGCGCUGAUUAAAGGCCUAUUUGAUGUAUGAAGAAAUAUGCGCAAAAUAAUUUCUUGGAUCAGCAAUAAUCAUUUGCCACGAAAAUUCAGUGGUACUGGCAUGAUAAAAUAAGGGAAGCGAACGAAGGAAAUGAGCCACAAUAUCGCGGGCAUGCCACCCUUUACAAGGAUGCCACUGGCGGGUAUGGGAAUGGGUGUGAAUAUGGGCCCAAGUGCCUCACAUCCUGACUCUUCUGCCCAUCCUCAUCCACCACCGCCACCACCAGCUGGUACUAAUCCUAAGAAGAAAAGACGUACAAAUUCAAAUGUUGCUCAACCACCUCCACAGCAACCUCCAUCUGUACAGGAUCUACUACCCCCACCUUUAUCAGGUUACGGUGAUACUAUAGUAGCGAGCAAUCCCUUCGAUGAUACACCGCCACAGCCUGCGCAAAGUCCAAUGAUGCAUGGAGGCCCUCCGCAUAUGCAUCCUCAUCAUCCACAUCACAUGGGUGGACCUCCUAUGCGAGGUAUGAGUCCUUUAACCUCUAUGGGUGGCAUGAGUCCUAUGAUACCGCAUAACAUGGGUAACAUGAGCCCUAUGGGUAGUUCACCUAUGACAAAUCAUAUGAAUCAUAUGGGAGCCAUGUCUCCUAUGAACCAUGCUCCUCUCGGCGGCAUGAGUCCCAUGAAUAAUAUGGGACCAAACAUGCCACCUGGUCCAAUAAACACUAUGAAUAAUCAUAUAAAUAUGAGCCAUAUGGGAAAUUCGCAACUAAGCGGUCCACCUAUGGGUAGUCCAAUGAAUAAUAUGAAUAGUGGGCCUAUGGGUAGUCCAAUGAACAACAUGGGUCACAAUAUGGGUAGUCCUAUGGGUGGUCCUUUAGGUUCUCCGAUGAACACUAUGGGAGGAUCCAAUCAUAUGCCUAAUGGACCAAUGAACAUGAAUAACAUGAACAGUCAUAUACCGCCCAACAGUCCGUUAAACGGACCAUCGCUAAACAAUGUAAAUAGUCCAUUAGGGCAUAAUGGAUCUCAACCUCAUCCAAAUCAUAUGGGAAACAAUCUUAACAAUUUAGGAAGACCUAUGAAUGGCCCUAUGACAACUAUGAGUUCGAUGACGUCGAAUAAUAUGAAUAUGAAUGUGCCGAAUCAGAUGAAUAAUAUGAAUAUGGGUGGUCCAGGAAUGAAUAUGCCUAAUAUGAAUAUUAGUCAUCAUAAUCAAAUGGGAGGUCAUAUGACAGGACCAAUGGGUACAAUACCCAAUAAUAUGGGCGGUGGACCUAUAGGACACCCUAUUAAUUCCAUGGCAGGAUCUAUGUCGCCACAUGGAUUUCAAGGUCCAGGAAUGGGUCCAAAAUCGAUGCCAAUGUCUACAGUUAAAGUAUAUCCUCCAGAGCAGUCAAUGGUAUUCAAUCCACAAAAUCCUAACGCACCACCAAUUUACCCUUGUGGGAUUUGUCAUAAGGAAGUACACGAUAAUGAUCAGGCAAUUCUGUGUGAAUCUGGUUGUAAUUUUUGGUUUCACAGGGGAUGCACAGGAUUGUCCGAACAUGCUUUUCAAUUAUUAACAGCAGAGAUUUAUGCAGAAUGGGUGUGUGAUAAAUGUUUGAACUCGAAGAACAUACCCCUAGUUAAGUUUAAACCAUAACAUUUCGUGUCUCGUCGUUCUAGCGACGCUCGAGUGACUUUUUGUUAGCGUUUACAUGUGGAUCUGCACAUACAUGCGCGUACGGUUACGCACAUACACAUGGACACCUACAGCACAUAUGAUAAAUAUUAGUGCACGUACGAAAUCGUGCAUGAAAUAUAAAGAUUUGCUGUUAACUUAGCUUUAACUUGUUGAAAAUAUUAGAUUAUCAUUCUAAGUCGCGUGUAUCAAUGAAUACGAAGAUAAAAAUGACAUUCACGAGUUA